GACGGUGCCGUCUGUGUGCUCCCACCCUGGCUCAGCUCUGGACAGAGGGUCCCAGCCCCGGCCACACUGCAGGCUCCGGCUUGACAUUCAUGCUGCUGCAGCCCCAGCAGAACCUGGGACAGAAAGAUACCUGGAAGACCACGAGCUGGUGGUCCAGGUGGAGAGCACCCUGGCAAGUGACAGCAAAUUUUUAUUUAGGAAGAAUUACGCAAAAUACGAGUUUUUCAAAAAUCCUACGAAUUUCUUCCCAGAACAGAUGGUUACUUGGUGCCAGCAGCCCAACGGCGGUCACAACCAGCUGUUGCAGAACUUUCUCAACUGCAGUAGCUGUCCUGAAAUUCAGGGGUUCUUGCACGUGAAGGAUCUGGGGAAGAAGUCAUGGCGAAAGUUGUACGUGUGUUUGCGGAGAUCGGGCCUCUACUGCUCCACUAAAGGAGUGUCAAAGGAGCCCAGACACCUGCAGCUGCUGGCGGGCUUGGAGGACAGCAGCAUAUUCUCCCUGAUCGCUGGCAGGAAGCAGUACUGCGCCCCCACGGACUAUGGCUUCUGCAUAAAGCCCAACAAAGUCAGGAGCGAGACGAAGGAGCUGCGGCUGCUGUGUGCCGAGGACGAACAGGGCAGAACUUGCUGGAUGACGGCGUGCAGGCUCCUCAAGUACGGGAUGCUCCUGUACCAGAACUACAGGAUCCCGCCACAGCGGAAGCCCCUGCUCCCCUCCUUCUCCACGCCAGUGCGCAGCGUCUCUGAGAACUCCCUCGUGGCCAUGGAUUUUUCCGGGCAAACAGGAAGAGUGAUCGAGAACCCAGCCGAAGCCCAGAGUGCAGCCCUGGAGGAAGGCCACGCCUGGAGGAAACGGAGCACACGGAUGAAUAUCCUCAGCAGCCAAAGCCCCCUCCAGCCAUCCACCCUGAGUACGGUGAUUCAUCGGACACAGCACUGGUUUCACGGCCACAUCUCCAGGGAGGAGUCACACAGGAUCAUUAAGCAGCAGGGGCUGGUGGACGGGCUUUUUCUCCUCCGAGACAGCCAGAGCAAUCCAAAGGCUUUUGUGCUCACGCUGUGUCAUCAUCAGAAAAUUAAAAAUUUCCAGAUCCUUCCUUGCGAGGAUGACGGGCAGAUCUACUUCAGCCUUGACGACGGGAACACCAAGUUCUCCGACCUGAUCCAGCUCGUGGACUUCUACCAGCUCAACAAAGGAGUCCUGCCUUGCAAACUGAGGCACCACUGCAUCCGCGUGGCCUUAUGACCUCACACUGACUCUCGGCGGAGCCUGGAGGAAGCUGACACUGGAACGAGGGAAGGGGAUGUACGUCGCAAAGAGCACACGUCUGUUGUUCUGCACCCUGGGGAGGGCGGGGGUGGGGGGUGGGGGGGUGGGUCCGUCGGGGCCGGCCGCCCGGGACGGACCGGUCGCUGGACUGGACGGUGAUUUGCUGCUGCGGAGCCGGCAGGAGCGUCUCUCUCCGCACCGGCGAGAUCAGGGAGGCGCCGGAGAGCAUGUGCAGGUGGGAGAGGAAACCGGAGCGAUGGUCUCGGCUGGGCCACGUCGGAACCAGAACCGGAGACGAGUGAUUGGAAGUGAACUCUUGCCCUGGAAUAAUCUUGACAAUUAAAACUGAUAUGUUUACUUUUUUUGUAUCGAUCACUUUUUGCACUCCUUCUUUGUUUUCAAUAUUGUACUCGGCCUCUGUCAGAGGGGGUGUGGCGUCCAGUGCCAGGCUCCAGAGACUGGCUGCGAGGGGGGGUGGGGGGCGCCCCCUGGUUGUUGCCGGAGGGUGGUGCCGGCCCUGUGCAGUUGCUGGGGGCGGAUUCGGCUCCCAGGUCACAAACCACCCCCAGCCCCUCCCAGAAUACUUGAAGAGCUUCUUUUUUUAAAAUAAAUAAAAGGUGUCACCUGUGGUAGGCAUUUGGCACGUUUUGUGGACCCAGGCAACCAUGUCUGUCGGUCAUUCCCCUAUGCACAGAUGUCCUGCACACCUGUUACCUGUGUGUCCUAUCCUCCACAGUUCAGGAGACCUGGGUUGUGUUUGUUUGUUUGUUUGUUUUGGAAAAUGCUCUGUUCCACAACACGGCAGCGGGCCCCUUAGCUGGACGUAGGGAGCGUCCCCGGGACACACCGGGCACCCAGGGCCGGCCGCUGGGGGCCCCCUUUCAGCCUGUUCUAGGGCGAUCGCUGCCUUACUCUUAACCCCCCCCCCCCCCACCGCCCCCACCGUGGCUGGGUCCCUUCCUGGCUCUUGUCCCUCCCGGGGGUUGAAGGAUCUAAAAGGAAAAUGGCACUUGGUUGACUUCCCGCUGUGGCCCGGGGGUUUCCAUGGUGAUAAAGAUGGAAACAUUGGAAAGGGCAUGUCUGCAGCCUGGCAUUUAAAGGUCUUCGCUCCAUAGCCUCCAUUCUGCUGAAAACCCCCUUGAGCCGGUGCACGCGGGGGCUCCCCCUCAGACGGCUGGCGCUCAGAAGUACCUCACAGCAGUCAUAGGCAUUGAAGAGUCUUAUCAACGCACCCUGUUUACCCCUCUGGGGGGCUGAGUCACACGGGGGUGGGGGGGCUGGAGUGUCCCUCCGCACGCCCCUUAGCAGAGUCACCAGGUGUGAGAGUGGCCGUGUCCUUCCCUUCGUUCUCUGCAGAGCAGAAAGGUCUCCCUUGACAGGCGUACAGACUAGUGUGGUGAAAAUGGUCCCCUUUUCUGAGAUCAGUCACCACAUGUGACUGGUCCUCUGGAUGGGUGCCAGCCACUAGGUGGCCUGGCCCUGACCCAGCACCAUGCCCCUGGAGGAAUGUGCCCACGGUGUGGGACACAUGUGGCCGGCUUCAGUGACACAGAUGCCCUCGAAGGAACUCUAGGGUCUAGAAACACUGUAUUUCACUUUACAGGUCUCACUCUACUCGUCUUCCGUGAAACGUCUACUUACACAAGUACAGACUUUGUGGUAAAACGUUUUGAACCAUAAACGCUCAGCUGCGUUCUCUUCUUUCUGUGGCCACUUCUGUCUUUCAGACUAUUGACACGUAGGUAAUUCUCAAGUCUUACCUGGCGGCAAGCUCCCGGGGCCCUUCACCUUGGAUCGGCUCUUUAUUCGCACAGUUCGACAUUUUUCUUUUCACCGGUUGGAAGCCGAACCUUAAAAAAGUUCUAUGAUUUCUUUUUCCUUUUUUUUUUUUUUCUCUUUACAUAGACCAGUAAGAUGAGACUCUCACGGCCCUCUCCAAUAGACCGCAUCCACAGCAUUUUGUAUUUAUAAACCUGCCUUUUAUUUAAAAGGAAGACAAAAGCUGGCCUCUGACGCACAGUCUGUGUGUCGCCGGUUUGACGUAGUCUUUUGGACCUCCCUGGCCGCGGUCAAGUGCUGGAGGGUGGGACCCCCACCCCCCAGUCUGCAGCUGUCUCACUGCUGGGCCUGGUGGCUGGGAGUUCCCCCCCCCCCCCCGAAAGCAGCCGGUCCCUCAAGGAUGUGGGCGUCCGGCCCAGCCACUCAGGGGCUGAAGGACAUUCAACUUUUAUUUUUAUAUUUAGAUGACAUGAAUGUAAACGGGACAGCUCAGGGUCAUUUUAGAGCCUGUUGACUUUUUAAUCUCUCUGCCUGUGAUUUUCCUCUCCGAAGUCGAAAACCCCACGUAGCAACCUGGACUUUGUUGGGAAGGAAAUACCAAAUGCCUCGGGGAUUCAAGGUUCAUGGGUGAGCUCUGUUCCCUUCGGUCGUUAAGUUCUAGAAUGUUGUUUUGUUUGCUAAACCGUGAAGAAAUGCGUGCCUCAGUCUAGCUGUUUGGUCCUCUCUUUUCUGCACUUAAUACCUGACGGUUUGACCAAGAGCCUCACCUUUGCGGGGCGGGACCUGCUCGCGGUGGAUGGCGAUGUCACAGCACAAGCAGUGGUCUGACCUGUAAACAUUUUCAGGGAAUGCAGAAAGGGUUCAGGGACAAGACCUUUAUUCCACAUGCUUUGCUCCUUUCUGUACAUAGCUCUGCGGCUUGUGAACCUAAUUGUAAACGUUCAGGUAUUUUUGUACAAAUAAGGGACUUGACGUUCUGUUUCUUGUAAUUAGAAAUAAACAUUACUGUAGCGUUCUUCAUUU